CCGGCAGGGCUGCGUCAGAGUGGGAGCGUCCCGCGCAGCCUCAGCUGCGUAAAAGCGCGCGCAGGCUCAGCUGCGUAAAAGCGCGCGCCUCCCUGGACCCUGGCUGACUCCGGCUGGUCUGGACUCCGCAGUUAUCAUGGAUUUGAACGAUACCAUAACUCAUGAUCAUCAUCCACUGGUGCCACUCAAAGGCUUCUAUCUGAUCAACGGGACUCAUGAUCCAGAGGAUGUGGAUCAGAUUCAUAACUUGGAGAUCAGAGACUCUGACGUGUUUGUGGUCACAUACCCCAAAUCAGGGACUAUCUGGAUGCAGCAGAUCCUGCUUCUGCUAGAGGCAAAAGGAGAUGUGACUGCCAUCAGCAAACUCUGCAACCUCUCCAACGCUGACCUCAUCCCGUGGAUAGAGGUGAAGGGAAACAGGGAGGCUUUCAUCUCCGCACCAUCACCCAGGCUGAGGGUCACCCACCUGCAGUACCGCUUCCUGCCCCCCACUCUGAGCCAGAAGAAGGGAAAGGUGAUCUACGUGGCAAGAAAUCCUAAAGAUGUCCUCGUGUCUUAUUUCUACUUCCAUAAAGUUGCAAACAUGUUGGAAACACCAAAGAGCUUUGAUGACUUCUUUGAGAAAUUCCUGAGAGGAGAAGUGUUCGGUUCCAGCUGGUUUGAGCAUGUUAAGACCUGGUACGCACACAGGGAUGAAAUGAACCUGCUGUUCAUCACUUAUGAAGAAAUGAUUCAAGACCUUCGGUUAGCAGUGAGGAGGAUCGCCUUGUUCCUGGGCAAAGAGCUGACGGAUGAGCAGCUGGACAGUGUCGUGACACACAGCACAUUCAGCAACAUGAGGAAGAUCCCUCAGGCCAGCUAUGAGCAGGUGUCAGGAGCCCUGCUCAGCCACCACCUGGGAAAGUUCAUGAGGAAAGGCACAGUCGGGGACUGGAAGAAUCAUUUUACUGUGGCUCAGAAUGAGAGGUUUGAUCGAGUCUUCCUCCAAGAGAUGAAGGACUUUCCACUUUCAUUUAUCUGGGACAACAAAGAUUUGGAAUAAUUACAAAUAGAUCACAUGACCACUCAAAGAAGAUCACGUUCACAGUUUCAGCUUCAUUAGAAUGACGAUUGGCACAAAAUAAAUGCUCGCCGAUGACAGGGUCAUCAUGUCCAGAUCUGGAGAGAGUUGAGUAACACGCCAAAGGAAUCAAACUUUACUCUAAGUUUGGCUAUCUUAAUAAUGAAUAAGCUAAUUCUGUUAUUAAUGAGAAAGUAACAAUGACACGGAAGGUCAACUUCCUCUCAAAGCCGUGGAUUCUCCACUUUCACUAUCACACUGUGCUGUAAAGUUCUGCAUGUCUCUGCUAAAUAAAUGAGCUCAUAUGGGUCAGGGUUUUUCAUGGCAUGCACCUCAGUGUUUGACACGAAGAAGUCAGUGUUUUCAUUCUAGCAGGUGAUCCUCCCUGAAGAGAAAAUCAUCACACCUGCUUUCAGCAAUCUUCAACCCCCCCCGACUGAUGCAGCAGAGACCUGACCCGUAUGGACAG